AGCAGCAGUCAGACGUGUGGUGUCACUGUCGGAAAACACGGGGGUACAAACAAGACUACGGUCCUUAACAGCUGAGCUAAAUCCGGGAGAAAGGAGGCGAAACGACGCCGGUGCAUGCUGCUCGGUCCCCGCCUGUCCGGUGACAUGGAUGCCCGACGCGGGCUGUAGACAUCCUGCGGCGGGACUGACGGUGAGAGCUCAGCCGCUUGGUCCCGCUUCUCCACACGCCUGCUCGUUCUUCGUUUGUCUCUCCUGCUGGAACAGGUGUAUGCCAACGGCCGAGGAGGACACGUUUGUCCGGACUGACUCCAUGAUGUUGAGAUCAGGAGUCUGUGGGGUCCAGACCAUCCUGUUGCGGGACCUCUCGUUCUUCUUGUGUCUCCAGAGAGGAUGGGCCCAGUGUCCCGCUGCCUGAGGAGAUGUCUCUGGGUCGGCUCCUGCGGCGUGCCUCGUCCAAGGCCUCCGACCUCCUGACCUUUAACCCCGGGGCAGGGGGUUCAUCGUUACGCUCGGGCCUGGAUGGCGAGAUCAUCUUCUCCAAAAAUAAUGUUUGUGUGCACCCUGCGGAACCCCUGCCUGGCCUGGCUGAGCACCACCCAGGCUACCUGUGUGUGCACGUGGAGAAGGAUGAGAGCCUGGGCACCACUCUGAUUCUGACCUGGGUGCCCAAUUCCCGCAUCCAGAGGCAAGAUGAGGAGGCGCUGCGCUACAUCACCCCCGAGAGCUCCCCUGUACGCAGGAACGCACGCCGCCGCGGCCGACGACCCCACUCCCGUCCACCAGCAGCCCAGGAGGAAGAUGAGGAUGAGGAGAGGAACAUUACCAGCAGCACCUCCACGGAUGGCCAGAGCCUGGUGGUAGAGGCUGCGGCGGAUGCCUCCUCCCACCAGCAGCAGCUGCCCUCGAAUGGGGAGGAGGGGGACGAGGGCUCCUGUGAGCUGUCGGACGAUGUGAGCAGGGACAGCACCAUGGGUUCUGACUCGGACACCUUCUCCUCCCCCUUCUGCUUGUCCCCUGUCAGCGAGGCCCUUUGUGAAAGUAGCGGCUCUGUCUUCCUGGAUAAUGAAACCAGGGAGCUGUGCGAAGAGUCCAUGAACCACUCAGCCAGCUCCGCCUCCAGCUUGGACAGUCACGCCCCUUCCGAGAGCAGCGCCCAGUCGCAGGGCGCGAGAUGGGAGGAGCAGCAGAAGGUGUUGGCUCUGGAGCAGUUGUGCGGAGUUUUCAGGGUGGACCUGGGUCACAUGAGGUCGUUGAGACUCUUCUUCAGUGAUGAGGCAUGUACCAGUGGCCAGCUGGUGAUAGCUAGCAGAGAGAGCCAAUAUAAGAUCCUCCACUUCCAUCAUGCUGGCCUGGACAAGCUGGCUGAGGUCUUCCAACAGUGGAAAUGCUGCAGGGAAACACAGCUUAAAGACCAGGUGUCAGAUGAGAAAUCCUGCAUGCAGUUUUCCAUCCAGAGGCCCACUUUACCGUCAGCGGAAGCCCACCCAGAGGAGAGGCUUUAUCGGCGGCUGGAUGUCACCUCCUGGCUGCGUCAUCUCAACCACACUGGGCAGGUAGAGGAGGAGUAUAAGCUACGCAAGGCCAUCUUCUUCGGUGGCAUUGACCCAUCUAUCCGUGGCGAGGUGUGGCCCUUCCUGCUCCACUACUACAGCUACGACUCCACUUCUCAGGAGAGGGAGGCCUGGAGACUGCAGAAACGCACCCACUAUCAUGAUAUCCAGCAGAGGAGACUGUCCAUGAGCCCAGAGGAGCACAGUGAGUUCUGGAGGAAGGUCCAGUUCACAGUGGAUAAAGAUGUGGUGAGAACAGACCGCAGCAACCACUUCUUCAGAGGAGAAAAUAACCCCAAUGUGGAGAUCAUGAGGCGGAUUCUGCUCAACUAUGCAGUGUUUAAUCCCGACAUGGGCUACUGCCAGGGCAUGUCUGACCUGGUGGCCCCCCUGCUCACUGAGAUCCAGGAUGAAAGCGACACCUUCUGGUGCUUUGUCGGCCUCAUGGAGAACACCAUCUUCAUCAGCUCACCGCGAGAUGAGGACAUGGAGAGGCAGCUGAUGUACCUACGGGAGCUACUGCGUCUAAUGCUGCCCCACUUCCACCAGCACCUGACCAGGCUUGGGGAGGACGGCCUCCAGCUGCUCUUCUGCCAUCGCUGGAUCCUGCUCUGCUUCAAACGAGAGUUCCCCGACACCGAGGCUCUGCGCAUGUGGGAGGCCUGCUGGGCUCACUACCAGACGGACUAUUUCCACCUGUUCCUGUGUGUGGCCAUUAUUGUUCUCUAUGGAGAGGACGUGACAGAGCAGCAGCUCGCCACUGACCAAAUGUUGCUCCACUUCAGCAACCUCUCCAUGCACAUGAACGGAGAACUGGUGCUACGCAAGGCCCGCAGCCUUCUCUACCAGUUCCGCCUCCUACCCAGGAUCCCAUGCAGCCUACACGACCUUUGUAAACUGUGUGGCCCAGGGAUGUGGGACAGCCGCUACAUCCCCACUGUGGAGUGUUCGGGUGAACACCCAGACUCGCAGAGCUGCCCCUAUGGAGGCACUUCCACCCCUCAGCCCUCCUCGCCCUCCCUGUCAUCUACACCCUCACCUUCACCCAACCUCACCCCCACGCUUCCACCAGAGGGCAAGAAAGGAGCCAAAACCCGGGAUAUUUUCACCUUCCGGAAACAGUCCUGAGGUGGAGGUUAUGGGGAGCAUUUGCUGGUCUUGGUUCAUGUUAGUAAAGCAAAGGGCUGGAUCCAAAUGCUGGAUUCCUGAACCAUUUGCUGCCCUCUGACUCCUUUCUCCACAGUUCCUGCUUAUGGUUCCACUAUCUUAAUGAGGAUUUUCGUCACUCGAUCCUUUCAUGUGGGGCAUUGUGGAACACAGCCUUACCAGAAUUAUUACCAGAGUUAUUUGCAAUGUUCAGUGUCAUAUUUGCAUUGAGUAUGGUUUGCUGUUGGACAGGCUGGAGGUCAAGAAGCUGCUUUCCUCUUGGAGCAGAACAGACAAUCACCAGCCACUAUGUUGGUCUGGAGCUACUUUAGCCUCCCGUCUGCUGCUGGCUUGGCAUACUUCCAUGGGCUUUGUGGGCAGGGGUCACAUCAGGGUCUGAGGCAACGGGCCUGAAUUCUCUCUGACUCUGACCACGGGUCAAAUAAAACUGGAGAUUCAUUCACAGGACUUGAACUAGAACUUUAAAAAAUGUUCUUGUGUUCUCACAAUGGAAUACUUGUGUGAAUAUCAAAUUAUAUGUGCAUAUCUCAAGUCUGAAUGGGACGUUUUUAACAUGAAAUCCAAACCCUCGGUGUUGACAAAGGAAGGUAAACUCGGAAAUAGGAUUAUACCGAAUUACUGGUACAUUUAAAUUUUGUUUAUUUUCAUUUUCCAGCAGCUGAAUGUUUGCGUUUAUAUCAGCAGUUACAAAAUAUUUAGAAAUAUUAUAUCCUUGCAUGAACAAUUCUUUCCAUAUAGAGGGGACAAUAUGGUUGUUUGAAAACACAUGAGGCCCAAACAGAGGUAAGAAUGUGUUUACAUGACAAACACUCACAUUGUGAUAGGGCUCUGCAUUUUUCUUCAUCAGAUUGUGGUGAGGAACAUUCUCAUAAUUUCUUUCUGCCGUUUCCUGACAAACAGGAGGAAGCUAGCCAUAUGGUUCCUUUUGAUAAAGUCAGACACCUGACGUUCAUGUUACCUUUCGAGCAACAGGAGCUUCAGCCUUUACACAUUAGCAUGAUAAGAUAUAGAACGAGUUGCCUGUCUGAGGAUUUGGACGGAUACAACAGCACUGUCUGCCAAAGACCAGCUUCGAUCAUGUUUUAUCUUGACAGAAAAAUUGAUGGCUUUCUGUUUUACUUGUAGUUUUGUCUUCUGUGUUGAACGUUGUUUAGGUAGCGUUAUGAAAAAUCAUGAACACAGUGUUAAGUUUUUUUGGGGUUUUUUUUGUUUUGUUUUGUUUUGUUUUGUUUUUUUCUUUUCCCUCCAGCGUUGUCGCCACUCUCAUCUGAAAAUGAAUGACAAGGCACUAUCAACACUAAGAAUCAGUCCACAUGAAUGUAUCUGUCUUUUUGCUUCUUCUCACUCAACUACAACAGCGUGAAACUCUUCGAUGUAGGUAUGGGUAUGUGCGUGAAAGUCUGUAUAAACUGGAGUGACCUCUAAGCAUCUGGUAAUGAGUUGAAGAACAGCUGUAGAAGGCCUUCCCUCGGACCAGUCUCUUUAAUUAUAGCAGCCAUGAACGGGAGAAGCAGGGAGAUUAAAGAAGAAAGAAAAAGAUGGCCGUUUGGACUCCUCAGAGAAAGAAACACAAGACAGAUGGAGAGGAAAGGGAUGAUUUAGGCUUCAUACAAUGAUAUAUAGUGUUCUGCAUCUUGCCUCUGUGAUUUGCAAGUCCCAGACGUAAAGAUGGCACUCGGAGCCUUUCCCCCGAGAGCUUUUGAGUGAUACUCCUGGGGGUGAAGACAUCUUCAAAUUGGUGCUAAAAUGUAACAUUAAGACCUUCAAUCAUCCUCUCUCCACCCCCUCCCUCUUGCUCUCUCUCUCACUCUUUUGGUCUCUUUUGCUUUCACUCAGCAAGCAGUCUCUGCAAAUGACAUUCAUAACUGCUCCUUUUCCCUAUUACUUAUCACGUGCAGCUGCUCGCUGGAGAUGCCCACAGAGUUUAGAAGAUUGGGUGGCUGCGUUGAAAUGUGCUAAGUCAGAGAUGCACAAUGGGAUAAUCAAACUCUCUCU